AUGGGCGGUAAAACCUGCCCAACACAAUUAACGCCUACUAUUUUUGUAAAAGUAUUCUGGUUUUUAUUAUUUUUUCUGAUUUGUUCAGAUUUUUUUCUGGUUUGUUUUGAUUUUUCUCUGGGUUGUUCAGAUUUUAUUCUGAUUUGUUUUUCCGGUUUGUUCUGAUUUCUUUUUUUAUUUGUUCUGAUUUCUUUUUCUGAUUUUAUUUGUUUUGAUUUUUUAUUAUGAUUUCUUUAUUCUGAUUUGUACUUCUCUCAUUUGCUGGUAUCUAUUCUGAUUAAUUAUUGUUCUGAUUAUUAUUCUAUUUUUAAUUAAAUUUUUAUUUUUUAAUUAAAUCACUACCCCAUGUUUCAAAUAAUAAAAUAUUCAAAAAAAUUAUUUUUUUCCUAAUUAGGUAUUUUAUUUUUUUAAUUUAACAAUUUUAAUUAAAUCAUUUUGUUUAUUUAAAAAAGUCUACUUGUCAUUUCUGAUUUUUGUCUUUAAUUGGGGGGGGGGGGCAUAGGAAACAGACCUCCCAAAAAUGUUAAAAACCACGCCCAAUAAUUGUAUGUACUUAUAAAUAAAGUGAAAAGAAUUUAUAGAAAUAAAUUAAAUUACGUAAAAUAUACUAUUAAAUUAAAUAAAUAAUUUAUGUAUUUAAAUUUUUGUCUUUUAAAUAAUUUAAUUAAUUUUUUUAAAAUUUAUUUAAUUAAAAAGUAAGGGUAUCUUAGAAGGAAUUUUAAAAGUAUUAUGAGGAAGGACUAUAGAAUAGGGAUGGAUUUGGUUAUUCAAAACCCGAUAUCCGAACCAGAAUUUACGAAUAUCAUGUUUUUUCUGAUCCGGAUCCGCCAACCUUAAAACCGGGAGGAAUCUCUUUGAAGAGACUAUAACCUUUAGAAGGACUACGAGGAAGGACUAUAGAAUAGGGAUGGAUUUGGUUAUUCAAAACCCGAUAUCCGAACCAGAAUUUACGAAUAUCAUGUUUUUUCUGAUCCGGAUCCGCCAACCUUAAAACCGGGAGGAAUCUCUUUGAAGAGACUAUAACCUUUAGAAGGACUACGAG